CCUCAGAAAAAAUAGCAUUUUACUUUUCAAACAGUGUGAAUAAAUGAUUUUACACAUAUACUGUAUUAUGUGUUAAUUCAAAAAUGUCCAUAUUUUGAUGGAUUUAAUAUCUAUUUUUAUGUCAAGGACUUGAGUUUUAAAAUUAUAAAAAAUAGAUUACUCUGAUAAUUUAAAAUGAAUGUUUUGUUUCCCAACACUGGUCUGCCAACCUUUAUUUAAAAAUAAGCUCUAAGCCUUUCACACAUUGUGAAUCCUGAGGGAUGCUUGUGUGCAUUUCCUGCGGGAUAACGACAUCACAGCUUAAUGGUGUGGAACAGAGCACACCGGAGUGUACACUUUAGAGUCAGGAGGGAAGCAGAGAGGAAACACAGACAUGAGGGUAGAGAAGCUUUAUAUAGUCUCAUUACUGCUUAUCCUUCAGAGUAGUAGAGCAUCCACUCUGGCUGUCUCAGGUGAGUCUGACACUUCAGAUGACCUUUAACCUAUUAUAAUGUGCUUCUGAGAGUUUACUGGAUUGGCCUCUGCCUUUACAUGCUACUAACUAUAUGCUACAUUUCUACUUGAUACCAACUACUCAGGCUGUGCUAUGGUGAUGAAGAAUUUCAUUAGUGAAAUAUAUGGUAACAAAGAUAUCAUGUAGUCUUCAUAGCUUCUAACUUUAUAGCUUUCUCAUAGCUGUAUUUACAUUUUUUCCUGAAAUCAGAUCAACAGAACUUUGACCUUUUCUAUAUUUGAAAAUAACUUCCAUUCAUGAUGUUCUUUAUUCUGAUCACAGAUAAAGAAUGUAAUGAUGAUGCAUUUCCUGUCCGGGAAGACUGUGAAGUUGACACAGUGUGUGGAGAAGCUGUAUGUUAUCACAACCAGUAUGUCACCUGCCAUGUCAACCGCUGUGGCACCUGUGAACCUGUGUUCCGAGGCUAUGACAACAUCACUGUCAACUGCACCCAGUUGACUCCCAAGUGUCGUCUAAUACACCUGGAGAUGUUGAGCAAGCACAGGACAGGAACCAUGUUAACUGGGGGGAGUUUAGGGACAAAGUACCAUCCAAACUGUGAUGGAGCUGGUAUGUUCAGACCUAAACAGUGCAGAGAGGACACCAAACUAUGCUGGUGUGUUAACAAGGCUGGAGUCCCAGUCUCUGACAAGACACAUGACCCCCUCAAAUGUGACAGGCUGGUCACAGUCCAUGUAAUUGAUAUUCAAUUCACAUUUAAAGUGGCGUUCACACCUGUUGCAAAAACCAUGGAUGAGAUACGAAGGCAGUUGGUAUUAAAGCUGGACAGGGAAUAUACGCUGGAUAAAACACAGAUCUUAGACAUAACUGUGCGGGAACUGUAUCAAGUAGUGUCCAUCCGCCUGACUGACAACAGGACAGACAAAGAGCCAGUGGACAUAGCAACUGUGGCCUACUACAUUGAGAGAGAUUUGAAAAGCAACAAGUUUGGGUUUGAGGUGGACGGCCGGAGACUAGCAGUGGCGAGGGACUCCGUCAAGGUCCUAUUCUUUCACUAUGACCACCCACACAUGGAAAUGAUGACCAUCAAUCCAGGCUUUGCUGCCCUCAUCCUCAUCAUUGCUCUGGCCAUUAUCAUUGGUGUUUCUGUGUCUGUGAGUAAGAGCAAAACUAAUUGUACAAUACCACUGCCAUCCUCACAUCACAACUUCUCUCUCUCUUUGUCCAUCACUAUUGUCAGGUGGUGGUACAAAGGAAAGGUCUGCUGGAGAGGAGAUUCCAGUUUGAAGUCAUUGAGGUUCAAGGGCAGGACAACCACCUGGAACAGCAAGAAGCUACCAUGACCUACUUUGUUAUGUGACAUACUUUAAUAUCUUUGUUGGUUUAGUAGAUUUGUUUGUUUUUUAGUUGUCACUCAGUUCAUUUAUAUGCAAAGUUGUCCAAUUAUCUCUUUCCCUGCCUGAAACAAUAGUCAGCUGCACAUUAUGGAAAUAUUGUAAUUGGUUGAUUUCUUAACAUGGAUUCUAACCUGUUGCUUUAAUUAAAUAUUAAACAAGAAUGACCAUGGUUGAAAAAAA